AGCCAGAUAAAUCUCCCCAAAUGCUUUUUCGUAGAGUUGGUCUGUCCUGUCCCUUAUGGACUCUCUCUACUGGAACACUGCAGAGGGCCCCUGAGAUGGGAGCAGAAGUUUUCCUCUAUAUUCCUCUGGCUCUGGCUCUUUCUGUUGUCCCCCUUCCCUGUCCAUACAGAUCCACUGAGAAAUCAGGGGCAUGAGGGUAAGGCCCCUGCCUGCCGCUGACAUGCUGGUGAGGGCACAGAGGUGGUUCCCCAGAUACCCUCAGACAACACCCCUUCUCCUCAGACAGCCCCCCUUCUCCUCUGACAGCCCCUAUUCUCCAUGGAAACCAAGGCUGCCUCAAUUCCCGCCAUUUCCCAACAGACGUCCCAUUGAACACCUGCUCGGGCUGUCCCAAGGCUCUUUACAAGAAACACUGGGAGGUUCCCAGGGUCUGUUGGCCGCCAGCUGCACUCUGACCCAACGGGCAUCCCCCCAAUGAGUCCCGUACAAACACCCAGCAACCGGGGCCAAGCUCGGAUCCCUUGUCUCACUGAGUCCAGCAUGGCAUGGGCGACGCGGUCUCUUUCCCACAUGUAAAGUGGCAAACCAAGGAUUAGGAGGCUCUGCAGACACUGUCAAGGCAAUCUCUGGGGGAGUGAAGGAGUCGUGUUUCCUCUCCCCCUGAGCCCACCAACUUCUGAUGUCCCAUUGGGGUCUCCCUCAAUGCAGCUGCAUGGCCAAUGCAUUUACACGUAGGUCUGUCCCUCACCAACCUCUCAUAGGGUAGCGCCUCCAUCAGGACUGGAGUGUCUGGGGGCUCUUCCCCGGUUUGCACUCCUGCCCCACACCCUGCAGCGCAGCCCCAUGGCCAGUGCUCCUAGAACAUCCGCUGCUGGGGAGCAUGGAAAAGUUUCUGCCCAUCGUGUGGCUCCGAGUAGCCUCCCCGAGAGCUGGCAUUGCCCAUUCCUGACUUCCUGUUUUUCCCCUUGAAAAUAGGUGGGGAAUAUGCUGGGAACAAGCAGCCCAGAGGAAACAUCCCCCAUGCUGGGAGGUCGGGACACUUUCUCCCCCCCCUCCCCCAGCUGACUCCUCCUAGGAGCCCAGGUCUCUGGCUGCAGGAGUCAUGACUCCCCAGUUGCUGCUCCAUGUUGUUCUGUCCAGCUCCCUGUGCUUGGACAGGCUGGGCUUGCAGCGGCUCUCAGCACCCCUACACUGCCCUACCAAUCUCUACAGCACCCCCGGCAGGCCUGGAAAAGUUGGGAGCCCCCCCAGCCAGCACCUUGAGCUGGGAUGUGAAUGGCCGUGAGCGCCUCCCUAUGCCCACGCGCCUGAGCCCUCCCCUAGAGCACCCCCUGCUGGGAGAACCGGAAAUAGAGUAGGUGUGAGAGGCCCCCUCGUUCAGCUUGCUCUGUUGUGCCUCUUGCUGGGGGCAGCUGAGGCUGGCGUGUCUGUGAACUCUUCCACACUCAGCCCUCCUGCUCCGCUCCCUACCGCCCGGCCUGCUGGGGGAGGAGAGAACUAGAGGGGCCGGGAGCUUCCCUCCACCAGCCCAUGGUCCAGCCUCAUGGUGACUCUUCAGGAGCUGGGGGACCAGCAGUGACCUGCUACUCCUGGCCCGGAGCCAUCGCUGGCCCAUGGCGACGGCAGGGUCCUGGAGGGGGCGGAGGGAGCACCAUGCUGCCCAGGAGGAGGCGGAGAGGAUUCUAGUGCUAGAAGAAAGCUGGAGGCCCUGGCCCAGAACACGCAGGACAAUCCGAGGCUGCCUGGAGUGUGUGAAGCGCCAGCUGUUCCGUGUCGGUGAUGACUGGUACUUCCUCUUUUUCCUGGGGGUGAUAAUGGCGCUGAUCAGUUUCGCCAUGGAUUUCACAGUCUCCAGGCUAUCGAACGCACACACGUGGCUUUACCAAGAGCUCGGGGAUCACUUACUGCUGAAGUACCUGUCCUGGACUAUGUACCCGAUUGCCCUGUCCGCCUUCUCCACUGGCUUCUCUCAGAGCAUCACUCCACACUCGGGAGGCUCUGGCAUCCCGGAGCUCAAGACCAUUCUCACCGGAGUCAUGCUGGAGGAGUACCUGGCCAUUAAAAACUUUGGAGCCAAAGUGGUGGGGCUGACCUGCACCCUCGCGUGUGGGAGCACCAUAUUCCUCGGCAAAGUCGGCCCCUUCGUGCACCUCUCCAGCAUGAUCGCAGCGUAUUUAGGAAAGAUCCGAACGUCUGUCGUUGGGGAGUAUGAGAACAAGAGCAAGCAGACGGAGAUGCUGGUGGCAGCCGCUGCUGUUGGAGUCGCGACCGUCUUCGGGGCUCCCAUUAGCGGGGUCCUGUUCAGCAUUGAGGUGAUGUCAUCCCACUUCGCGGUCAGGGACUAUUGGAGGGGCUUCUUCUCUGCCACCUGCGGAGCCUUCAUGUUCCGCCUGCUCGCCGUCUUCAACAGUGAACAAGAAACCAUCACUGCUCUGUUCAAGACCAAUUUUAAGAUUGAUUUCCCAUUUGAUCUCCCAGAGACCUUCUUCUUCAUGGUGCUCGGGGGGAUCUGUGGGAUUCUAAGCUGUGCGUAUCUCUUCUGUCAGCGCUGGCUCCUGGGCUACGUCCGGAGGAACACGGUCACCGCCAAGCUGCUGGCUACAGACAAGCCCAUUUAUUCCUCCCUGGUGGCCCUCCUGCUCGCCUCCAUCACAUUCCCUCCCAGCCUGGGGCACUUCAUGGCAUCCAGGCUCAGCAUGAAGGAGCACCUCACCUCCCUCUUCGACAACCAGACGUGGGGCCUUCUGUCCCAGAACGCAUCGCUGGCCAGGCCUCCUCAAGUCGACCCUGAAAACCUGUGGAUUGAGUGGUGGGAGCCCAGCAUCACCAUCUAUGGCAGCCUGGUGCUCUUCCUGGUGAUGAAGUUCUGGAUGCUGAUCUUGGCCACCACCAUGCCGAUGCCAGCUGGGUACUUCAUGCCGCUCUUUGUAUACGGUGCUGCAAUCGGGCGUUUGGUGGGGGAAGUGGUCGCCUUUCUCUUCCCCCAUGGUAUCCAGUCGGACGGCGUAGUUAACACCAUCACUCCGGGAGGCUACGCACUGGCUGGGGCGGCAGCGUUUUCGGGCUCGGUCACCCACACCCUGUCCACUGCCCUGCUGGCCUUUGAAGUGACCGGGCAGAUCGCCCAUAUCCUGCCCGUCAUCCUGGCCGUGCUGGUUGCCAACGCUAUAGCCCAGAAGUUCCAGCCCUCCUUCUACGACGGCACCAUCAUCGUGAAGAAACUGCCCUAUCUGCCCCGGAUCAGGAGCCGACACAUCGGCUCCUACAGCGUGACCACUCGCCAGUUCAUGAACACCCACUUUGCAGUCCUGGCCAAGGGCGCCAGCUUUGAGGAGGUCCUCAGCGUCGUGACCUCUACCGACGACCUGGAGUACCCCAUUGUGGAGAGCACAGAGUCUUUGAUGCUGGUGGGCAUGGUGCAAAGAACUGAGCUGGUCAGGUACCUCCAGACCCACGAUGAAGCCAAGCCAUCCCCCCAGGAGCCAGGGGAGAAGCCUCGCUCCAGCGGGACGCUGGGGGACGACUGCGCCAUCGAGCCAAUAACUCUCCAGCUGUCACCUUGGACAUCUCUGCACCAGGCUCACAACCUGUUUGAACUGCUGAACCUGCAGCGGGUCUUCGUCACGUCCCUGGGACAGGUCGUCGGGGCCGUCUCUCGGAGCGAGAUGAAGAAGGCGAUUGAAGACCUGGCAAAUCCGAAGACAUUGAAGUGAGCGAUUUGGAGCCUGGGAGAGCAGCCCCUUCCCCCUUCUGUGCAGCGGAGCGUGGGACAGGGGGAUCUCGCUGGGGCCCUGAGAUCUCAGCAGCAGGGGGGUGGUGCUGGCAGGCGUCUCCCCACUUAUUUUUUGUAAAUGGAAAUGGAUUUGAAAACUCCUCCACCCUUCCUGCUCCCCCCGCAAGGAGCCACGGUUGUGAGAGCAGAGGCAACACCUGGACCUCUCUGGCCUGGGGACCCUGCCAGCCGCUGGCAGCCCUCGCCCACCCUGGAGACACGAUAACACAGAGCUACCCAGGGACAAACACCUUGGCCCACAGACUGUCAGCGGAGAGGGCAGGCCCAGGCUGCAGGGUCUAUUGCACUGUGAAAUGUGCAUGCGCCAUCCUGAAUUUAGUGCCUGCUGCCCUCUCGGGGCUGGGCCCAGCGGCCCAGGAGUCUGCUACUUAGCAAGCCCUAGGGGAGAUGCUCCUUGAGCUCAAGGGGUCGGGGCUUGUGCUUCGGGCAGCGAAAGGGCCUGGCUCCUGCCGUGUACAUCUGGGUUUAGACCUGCCUGUGUUGAAUUCUCCUGUAACAUGACGUGCUGCCCUUACUGUG